ACAAUUCCAAACGAGGAACUAUGCUCAGGAUUGGAUUUAUAUGGCUGAUCAGUUUCCUCUGCUGUUAUCAAAAGCAGAUAUCAAAUGGCUGUGGAGGAAUGCAGGUGAUUGGAGUUGGUCCAAAGGGAAGUUGUGAGUUCUGGGAGGCAGAAGGAAAGCAGCUGCCAUGUUCUGAAGGUUAUCGGCACCUGUUGGUGAUAGAGACAGACACAGAGGUGUUAGCAGGUUCCUGUUUGUCCUCGCACCCCCGUCCCUCCUGAUGCUGACCUUGUCCCAGGUCUUCUACCAGGCCUUCUACCAGAUGCUUUGCUGAGAAUUCACAGAGGCCGUAGACCUGAAGAACCAACAACCUUCCGUAGGCUUUGAGGUCGCACUCCGGCAGCAGGACGUGCUGGCUCCCAGGAAUCACUGUGACCACUAUUCCAAAUUCCUUAUGUGUUCAGAAUUUAUUCAGAGCUCAGGAAGGUGAUACUACUGUAACAGAUGCUCUUCAGCUGUUGGGUACACCUGCAGAAAGGCUGUCACUUCACACUUGGAAGAUUGCACAGCGGCCAGGCAGAGGCGCUCCUCACUUCCCAGACGAUGGGCGACCGGGCAGAGGCGCUCCUCACUUCCCAGAGGGGGCAGCCGGGCAGAGACGCUCCUCACAUCCCAGACGAUGGGCGGCCGGGCAGAGGCGCUCCUCACCUCCCAGACGAAGGGCGGCCGGGCAGAGGCGCUCCUCACCUCUCAGACGAAGGGCGGCCGGGCAGAGGCGCUCCUCACCUCCCAGACGAAGGGCGGCCGGGCAGAGGCGCUCCUCACAUCCCAGACGAUGGGCGGCCGGGCAGAGGCGCUCCUCACAUCCCAGACGAUGGGCGGCCGGGCAGAGGCGCUCCUCACCUCCCAGACGAUGGGCGGCCGGGCAGAGGCGCUCCUCACCUCCCAGACGGGGCCGCCGGGCAAAGGUGCUCCUCACCUCCCAGACGGGGCGGCCAGGCAGAGGCGCUCCUCACUUCUCAGACGAUGGGCGGCCGGGCAGAGGCGAUCUUCACUUCCCAGAUGGGGCUGCCGGGCAAAGGUGCUCCUCACUUCCUAGAUGUGGUGGUGGCCGGGCAGAGGCGCUCCUCACUUCCCAGCGGCCGGGCAGAGGGGCUCCUCACAUCCCAGACCAUGGGCGGCCGGGCAGAGACGCUCCUCACUUCCUAGACAGGGUGGCGGCCGGGCAGAGGCUGUAAUCUCAGCAGUUUGGGAGGCCAAGGCAGGUGGCUGGGAGGUGGAGGUUAUAGCUAGCCAAGAUCACGCCACUGCACUCCAGCGUGGGCAACAUUGAGCAUUGAGUGAGCGAGACUCCGUCUGCAAUCCCAGCGCUUCGGGAGGCCGAGGCGGGCAGAUCACUGGAGGUCAGGAGCUGGAGACCAGCCCGGCCAACACGGCGAAACCCUGUCUCCACCAAAAAUACAAAAACCAGUCAGGCGUGGCGGCGCAUGCCUGCAAUCCCAGGCACUAGGCAGGCCGAGGCAGGAGAAUCACAGGAGCCCGAGGCAGGGAGGUUGCAGCGAGCCGAGAUAACGGCAGUACAGUGCAGCCUCGGCAACAGAGGGAGACCGUCGAAAGAAAGAGAGAGAGAGAGGGAGGGAGAGAGAGAGAGAGAGAGAGAGAGAGAGAGAGAGAGAGAGAGAGAGAGAGUGUCCUAUCUUUAAGGAGCUGAGCAUCAAACAAAAAUCUUAUGAGAGAGGAGAGCCUAAAGAACUUGGGGACACAUUUUCAUUAGAGGCCAAUAAAUAUAUCUGUGGCAAGAACCUCUUGUUUCUGAUUCAAAAAGCUCCAAAUGAUUUCUGUGGAACUCAAGUCCCCCAAGAUGUUCUGUGAAAAGGGGGUUUUAUAGUCAAACAUGUUACAAAAUGCUUUAUGCCAUAUUUCACUCUUAAAGAUUCAUAGACAAUUAAUAUAUAAAAAUUACCAAGGUGAUUUACAGAAAAGAAACCUAUAAGGAGGCCACAUCUUUCCAAAGUAUUUGCUAUUAAAAUGAAUUUGGGAAGAGAGAAGGAGUAAUGCCUUUAACAGUCCUUUAGUAUUUUGUGAAAUUCAUUUCUUCCUCUGUACUGUAUUUACAUUAUUAUUUUUCCUAACUUCUUUUAAGUAUUUCUAAAAUAUUUUUUGUUUUCUUAAUUAAAUCUUCAUUUUAGUGUUUCUACUUAGGUGUUUAAAUUCCAACAUUGUGCUUAAAAUAGGAGUACAGUUAUUUUAGUGAAGAGGUUUAGCAGUAUUUUGUUUGACUUUGUAGGAAGAAUUAAUACCAUGAGGUUUUAGACAAGUCAUUUUAGCCCUCCAAAAUAACAGUAAGGGGAAGCAUUUGUGCUUGGCAUAUAGACCGUUGCACUUUUUACAAUCUGAUUUUAUGGUACCCCUUUUUUCAUGUCUAGCAUAACGCUCCGUCUUCAGGCUUUUGAACAAACGUGUCAGUAGCCUUAAAUCAAGCUACCAUGCUAAAAUACAUUACUGUGUCACAGCGAUUUGCAACUAUUCAUUUAAUUGCAUCCUAUAAAAUGAACCAGAAGGUGUAAGUUUACAAACAUAACAUCUGAGGUGCUGGUAAGAUUAGAGCUAUAUAACACAUGUAGUUUGAAUUCUCAAUAUAAAGUCAGGAAGGGCUGUAAUUUUAAUAUACUGCUGACAAGGGGUAUCUGAGAAUUAAUGGGCAUUCCCAAUAGAUAUUUUCAGCAUUAAAG